GAUCUGCAUCUGCACACACGUUGUCUGUGCGGCCUCGACUUCCUUUUCUGUGUAGAUUUCAUGGCGAGUGAUAGCGGGGAAGAGUUGAUUCACCUACCGUGACCACACUGACCCGUACAUCAACCUCGAGAGACGCUUUUUCGGCUGCCAUUAUACAGACCGUGACGUCAGCAGAGUAGUUGAUUGGCUUUGACAUCAUCAGGAUCUGGGUGGUUUCUGGACUGAACGCUGUGCUGUGCCCUCUCUCUCCCUCAUCGUGUUGUGGCCGUAGCUGGUCUUACUGAAGAACUGCCAGUCGAUGGCUCUGAUGGACAAACACAAAGUGAAGCGGCAGAGACUGGACCGCAUCUGUGAAGGUAUUCGACCACCCAUCCUCAAUGGGCCCAUGCACCCUCGUCCUCUGGUGGCACUGCUGGAUGGGCGGGACUGUACUGUGGAGAUGCCCAUCCUGAAGGACGUGGCCACCGUGGCUUUCUGUGAUGCCCAGUCCACCCAAGAGAUCCAUGAAAAGGUCCUAAAUGAGGCUGUUGGUGCUUUGCUCUACCACACCAUUACGCUCUCGCGAGACGACCUGGACAAAUUCAAAGGUCUUCGGGUCAUUGUGAGGAUUGGCAGUGGGUUUGACAAUGUUGAUAUAAAAGCUGCAGCAGAGCUUGGUAUAGCAGUGUGUAAUGUGCCAGCCGCAUCGGUGGAGGAGACGGCAGACACUGCCAUGUGUCUAAUUCUGAAUCUGUACCGUCGCGUCACCUGGAUGCAUCAGGCUCUACGCGAGGGCACCCGUGCCUCCAGCGUGGAGCAGAUUCGGGAGGUGGCUGGAGGCGCUGCGCGUAUUCGAGGGGAAACAUUGGGCAUCAUCGGACUGGGACGUGUGGGCCAAGCAGUUGCUCUGAGGGCAAAGGCCUUUGGGUUUGGAGUGAUUUUCUAUGACCCGUACCUGCCGGAUGGGGUGGAGCGAUCACUAGGGCUCCAGCGCAUGGCGACACUACAGGACCUGCUCAUCCACUCGGACUGUGUCUCGCUACACUGCAGCCUAAAUGAACACAACCACCACCUCAUCAAUGACUUCACCAUCAAACAGAUGCGCCAGGGCGCCUUCCUAGUGAACACUGCGCGUGGUGGUCUGGUGGAUGAGAAAGCUUUGGCCCAGGCUCUGAAAGAGGGCAGAAUACGGGGAGCUGCCCUGGACGUCCAUGAGGCAGAGCCCUUCAGUUUCUCUCAGGGCCCACUGAAGGACGCCCCAAAUCUUAUCUGUACCCCACACACAUCCUGGUACAGUGAACAGGCCUCCAUUGAGGCCAGAGAGGAGGCGGCGCGGGAGGUGCGCAGAGCCAUCACAGGUCGCAUCCCGGACAGUCUGAAGAACUGUGUGAAUAAGGAGUAUUUGAUGGCAGCCUCUCAGUGGCCGUCUAUGGAGGCCACCACCGUGCACUCUGAACUCAACGGAGCUGCGGCCUAUAGGUUCCCUGCAGGGCUGAUUGGUGUAGCAGCGGGUGGGCUGCCUGGAGCCGGGGCAGGAGUUGAGGGCAUUGUGGCUGGAUCUCUGCCCCUGGCCCACGCCAUCGCCCCGGUCUCACACCCGCCUCAUACCCCAUCGCCCGGGCAACCCUCCAAGGCAGAGGCGGACAGAGACAUCCCUUCCGACCAAUAGCAUCCCAGCACAUUCCAUCUUUGCCCUGAUUGAUGCCCUUUCACCUCACCCAGGGGGACUGACACCCCUUGCUUUCAGUGUGACCUUGGGUCACCCCAGUCCAACAGAACACAUGUACAAACCCAGGAGUGAAACCCUCUACCCCAAACGUACCCCUCGUUUCCACUCGCUGUAUCCUCCGUUGAUCACUUUGGCAGAAAGCAAUAACUUCUCUCAAGGAUUCAAUAAUUGGGUUGAUACACACUAUUUGUAAGCUACGAAAUCCCAAUUCCUUUGCUUUGUAUCUACUCUGGACUAGUUGGAGUUUGUUUCUGAGUAGUGUUUCUUACAUUUGUUCUUUUCUAAUCUGUUUUAACAGCGUGGAAAUAAACGCAUGGACCUUGUUUUUUUUUUUUUUUUUCAUUCGUCCCCUGCCCAUCCUCUUCCUAGCAUACAUUUGUAAAACCUUCUCAACCUGUCCCAUCUUAGCAAAUGUUUGAUUAUCAAAACAGAGUAACAGCUGGCUAACAUCUUUGAUUAAAUUCAGCAGCCAUCAGUGUUUAUUUCACAGCUGGUGUUCAAUAACAGAGAUCAAGGCUAAUGGUGAUAGCCCGUGGCUAAGAGUAACUCGGUCCAUGGGAAGAGCUCAGAUGUUUCACGUUCCUCUCACUCUCUCUUCAUGUGGAAGGCAUCUUCUAGAAUUGUCCAUUUUUUUUUUUCUCUCUCUCUCUCUCUCUCUCCCUCUCCCUCUCCCUCUCUCUCUCUCUCUCUCUCUCUCUCUCUCUCUCUCUCUCUCUCUCUUUCAGAAUACAAGAGAGCUUCACCCCCAGAGCCGUUGGGGGUUUGAUCAUGUGCUCCACUUUGAGUCACAAGAUUUACAGCGUCCGUAAUGCCUGAGGUCUGCAUAACAGUGUCAUUGAAAUCGCAUAUGUGAGAUUCCAUCGUCUUGUGAUGGCUGACUUCAUUUUAUUUUGUGUUGCCCCUUGUGCUGCUUUGUGAACAGCUAGAUGAUGGGAGAUUGCUCGUAGGCAGCCAUCUUCAUAAAUGCAAGUUUCAAACAAAGCCAUAUUCAUUUGAUAAACUGUGUAAAAUAGCUGGUUUAACAAAAAAUAUAACACAUCUUAACCCCCCUCCAAAAAAAAACAAAAAACAGAUGCCCUUUUUACAAUGUUCAUACAACAUUGACCUCCCUUUGACUCAUACUGAGAUCCACCAUCGCUAAGCUGAUAAUAUUGGCACCUUUUUUAUUCUUAGCCAUUUGAAGAAUAUUUGCCUUGUUUUCCAUAUCUUCUCUCUGUCCUGAAUUAUCUCUUGCUGUACUUCCUCCUUGUGCCUCCUUUUCCGAUUAGGCCUUCUCUUUGUGACGCGGCGAGGCACACUUGUCCACCCUUCAUAUCUCCGCUCUCACGCCCUCCGUCAAUUCCCAUGAAAUCACUGUGUAGCGCAUUCGCCUGCCCUUCCUCCUUCCCACAAGGCACUUAAACUCUUAAUACACUUUGUAAUACGUUUUCAUACAGGCCUGAUAAACAAACGGAACUUCAUCCACCUUUUUGGGAGGAAGUCCUGGUUUAGGCGAGCUGGGGCUUAUGUGCUCUGGAGGCUGCAGUAACGUUGAUGGCCAGCAGGUGGCGAUGACUUGCUUUCCCCCUCAGGUUCAGGUUUGGGCUGAUUAAUACAUCCCCGCUCAGCCGAUUGUUGCACAGCGAGCCUCUCAUGAAGGUUUAGCAGAGAUUCAGACAGACCUGUUGUGGGCUGCUCCAUCUGUCAAUCAUCUACGCACUUCCAGAUUCUCAGGAUGGGUGAUGUGGCGGCUUUGUGCCACAGUUAAAGCUGAUCGUACCCUGAGCUUGACAUCUGCAUGGGCGUCUUCUAUGAUAUCAGCCUUUGUUUUCUCUGCGUUUUCACCGUUUAGAGCACAGAAGAUAAGGUGGAAAGAAUGUAAAAGCUAGGUCACUGGUUGCUUUCCAAAGAAGGUAGAAGAGUGUCUCGGGAUAGCGUUCUGUCUGAAGAGAAAGGCCUUUCUAGUACCUCAGUAACAGAUAUUGAAUGUAUGCUCAAAUCUUUCUCGCUUUGUACAGCUUUUUUAGAUCAUAGGUUCCUAUUUCUGACGGGGUGUGUAUGCGUCUGCAUGUAUGUGACAGUGUGUGACUGCUUAUCCAGUACAUCAGUUCUUUGCAAAUGACAAAAUAAAGCUGUUUUUUUUUUUUUUUUUUUUUUUUUUUCUUCCUUCAAGCAUAGGAUGUCUAUUACUAUUGUUUCAUUAGAUGUAGUUUGAAUCUCAGGCUUUAGCUUUAGAAAGUUCUUGAUCUGUUUGUUUUUUUUGUAAUUUUCUGUAUAAAGGAGCACAGUUUCACGUCUUUGUCGACAUGUAUGCUAAUAAACGGAGAAGAGGGGUCUGAAACUAUUUGGAAAUGGCAGUAGUGUGAUUGGGGAUGAUUUGCUGCCUUCAAACAGUUUGUUUUAGAUAGCUGAUGUCAUAAGUGUCCCCAGAUGGCCGUCGUCCUCAAUUGCCAAUCCUCAUGGAUUAAUGCAUGAUGAUAGGAUGGUCGUACCUAUCAGGCCCCUCCCCCUCGCUUCCCCAUUGGCCACGUUUUGAUGUUGAAUUUUGAUUGACGUGCAGCUUUUCCUAGACUGAAGUGAUCCCCUUUAUUCUCAUCAACACUUUAUAGCUGCUCUGUGAAAUUUCUCUGUACUACAACGUUUUUGAAGUUUUCGAGUUUCUUCUAGCAUUAUCGUGGUGUUUCUUUUGCUGUCGGCAUCAUCUUUGAUAUGAGCUGUGCGCUAUGUGUUAAAACCAAGAAAUGAGAUCUAGUUUGUGUCAUUCAGUGUUCAACAUGUUGUAUUGAAACAUUUUCAAGAUGAGUCUUGUUCGAUACUUUCACCUUCAGCAUCAUGUGCGUCAUGUGGUCCCCACGCUGCCUUAAUGUUGUAGAUUGUGGUGGGCUUGGUGAAUAUGUUUUUCCUCUACAAACCCCCAACCUCUCCUCUUUCCCCCUGCAAACACACAUGCAAGAGAGAGGAAGCUGUUUUAUUUAGCCAUAUGUUGCUCUGUGUGCUUGGUGCAUAUUUCUAGAGAACACAAAUGGCUUUGACUUUGAGGUGUGAAAUGCUCGGGCACUAUGAAAGACCCUUUCAGGAGCCGCCGAUGUGGUUAAAUCUAGUCCAUGAAGGGAGGCUGGAGAGGACCGAUGAUAUGGACUUGGAGCAGUCAGUUUCUCUCUCAGGGUUCUUAUACACACAUAUCCUACAGCCGCCAGUUACACUCUCCCUCUAUCCGAAUGAAGAUCAUGUUGUAGAUCUCCAGAGCUCUCUUACACAGUCCAUCUUUCAACAGUGAGUGUCUUUCUCAGUGAUACUUUUCCUUUCUAUCGCUCUUUCCUCCUCCUUUCUUUUUGCGUAUUUGUCGCACUGACACCUAACAACAGAAGAAUGAAUGUUUUAAUAGAACUGCGUGUAACGUUGAAGUUGGGAAAUGUAUUUUUACAACAUGUGAACUUUUUAUUCCUUUCUCUUACCUUCUUUUUGUUGUGAAUUGAUUUUUUCCCCCCCUCAUCACCAGACUGCAAAAAAAGUAAAAACAACACAAAAAAAAAAAAAUCCUGUAACUAGGCUCUUAAGCUUUACUUUUGUUUUUGUUUACUUUUUUUAUUAGAAAACAAUCAUGUUUGUGACGGUAACCUGAUGGUAAAUUCCACAAGGUAUUUUAAUAAAAUCCUAAAGAUUAAA